CACAUUGUUAUUUCAAAUGACACUGAAAGAUACCUGACUAGUAUAUGGCUGGCCUGGUUUGUUCCUUCAGUCUACACUCUUGUAGUCUCAUUGAGCCUUCCUCUGAACAUCAUGGCAAUCCUUAUGUUUGUGGUCAAAUUAAAGCUUAAGACACCUGCAGUUGUGUACAUGCUCAACCUGGCUUCCGCUGAUGUGCUCUUUGUGAGCAUACUGCCUUUUAAGAUUUCCUACCAUUUUUCUGGACACAACUGGAUGUUUGGACCUGAAAUGUGCCGCUUUGUCACUGCUGCCUUCUAUUGCAACAUGUACUGCUCCAUACUGCUGAUGAUGGUAAUAAGCUUUGACCGUUUUCUGGCCGUGGUGUACCCAAUGCAGGCUUUGUCAUGGCGCACUGUCAGACGUGCCUCUGUGGUGUGCUUUGUCAUCUGGGUUGUCGCCAUAGCUGGAGUUAUACCUCUGCUUAUCAUGGAACAAACAAAGAGAAUCUCUCACUUAAGUAUUACUACUUGCCAAGAUGUGCUCGAUUUCUCUGUUGUUAUGGAGAUAUUUCGUUAUUAUUUUUCUGCAUCAGCUAUUUUCUUCUUCUUUGUGCCGUUAAUAAUUUCUGUCUCCUGUUAUGUUUGUAUUAUAAGAAAUCUUUGUUCCUCUAAGGCCGUUGCUGCAAAGCCAGGGAAGAGGAGGCGCAGUGUACUCUUGUCUGCAUGUGUCUUGUGUUCUUUUAUUUUUUGUUUUGGUCCAACAAAUGUCUUGGCAUUGGUGCAAAACUUAUUUCUCUCGCCUGAUCAAAAGCUUGAGGGUCUCACCUUUGCCUACAUCCUAGCAGUCUGCAUUGGUACCAUUAACUGUUGCGUUGACCCUUUGAUCUAUUAUUAUGCUUCCUCAAAGUGUCAAAGCCAGAUGAGAAAUCUCCUGUGUCAGAAAAAGAGUACUGAUCUUGAAAAAAGCAAUCGGACAACAAGCAGUAAUGUGGCAGCCUUUUCUAAUAGUUUGGAUAACUUCUCUCAUCCAUAG